GCCAUUUUUGCCGUAGAUGGUCGAUCCCGGUCGGUGGACAAACGGGAGUGGACAAUUUUGGCUCGAAUUUGGUCGACCCAGGUCCGCAAUCCCGACUGCAACUGGCCGAACGGCAGCUGGCCAUUUUGGCCGUAGGUAGUCGAUCCCGGUCGGUGGACAAACGGGAGUGGACAAUUUUGGUUCGAAUUUGGUCGACCCAGGUCCGCAAUCCCGACUGCAACUGGCCGAACGGCAGCUGGCCAUUUUGGCCGUAGGUAGUCGAUCCCGGUCGGUGGACAGACGGAGAGUGGACAAUUUUGGGUCGAAGUUGGUUGACCCAGGUCCGCAAUCCGGACUGCAACUGGUUGAACGGCAGCCGGCCACUUUGGAAGUAGGUAUCCCGGCCGUUGGACACACGGAGAGUGGACAAUUCUGGUUCGAAGUUGGUUGAACCGGGUCCGCAAUCCAGACAGCAACUGGCCGAACAGCCAGGGGCGAAAACAGCCCUCUUCGCGCGCCGGAAAACUGAUCUGGCCGAACGGCAACUGCCCAAUUUGGCCGUAGUUGGUCGAUCCCGGUCGGUGGACAGACGGGAGUGGACAAUUUUGGGUCGACCCAGGUCCGCCAUCCCGACUGCAACUGGCGAACGGCAGCUGGCCAUUUUGGCCGUAGGUGGACUGACGGAGAGUGGACAAUUUUGGGUCGAAGUUGGUUGACCCGGGUCCGCAAUCCGGACUGCAACUGACCGAACAGCAAGUGGCGAGAACAGCCCUCUUCGCGCGCCACUGCCAAAUUUGGCCUUAGGUGGUCGAUCUCGAUCGGUGGACAGGCGGGAGUGGACAAUUUUGGGUCGAAUUUGGUCGACCCAGGUCCGCCAUCCCAACUCGACUGGCCGAACGGCAGCUGGCCAUUUUGGCAAUAGGUGGUCGAUCCCGGUCGGUGGACAGACGGAGAGUGGACAAUUUUGGGUCGAAGUUGGUUGACCCAGGUCCACAAUCCGGACUGCAGCUGGCCGAACAGCAAGUGGCGAGAACAGCCCUCUUCGCGCGCCUGAAAACUUCUGUCAACUCCGGUCUCCGGUCAACUCCGGUUACAGAUGGAAGGAUUCGAGGAAAACUUCUGGAAGAAGGCGGAAGCACAAUUGAAGUGCCCCGUGCCCGCGCAUCUGAAGAGAGUGCUGCAAAGAACGGGGUACUUGAACUGUGCCUUGGAGGAUCUAAGUGAAGGCCAGAUACGGUCCAUCGAGGAAGACAUCAGAAGCCUCCCAGAACUUACGAACCUUCGACCCGGAAAUCCAAAAAUUGCUGAAUUCUGUGGGGAAUAUACAGAGAAAUGUGCAGACUUCAAGUUGAUGGCAGGCGAAAGGGCUUUGCUGCUCAAACUGUCUCAAGUCGUCAAAGCAAAAGGAUGGGGCUUCUUCCUAAAAGGAAGCAAAUCAAAACGUCCAGGUCCAGGUGCAACGCGAGGUGACUCCACUGAUGAGCUUGCACUGAGGCUGAAGCUGAAAGACUAUUUUGCUGCGAGACACGACGGAAGCGUCGAGUACGACAGAUUGUGCCAGGGCCUCGAUCAUGUUUCGAUUAGUUUUGAUGUCAAGAACAGUCGAGUCAAAAUUGCAUGCCCACUUUGCGAGACUGUCCAGGCCACCUGUAACACGGAACGAAGCGGUUCCUGGAAGAUCACCAACUUUGUGACUCACGUCAAAAAUCAUUGGAAGAAGCCGGACGAACCUGCAGAAAAACGUCAAAGAACGGCUCUUCUGAUUGAACGUGUACCAUCUGAACCUUCCCGAUCGCAAAGCCAGUCCGCAUCCGAUAGCUUGGACAGAAACGAACUCACCACCUCGCUCACGACGACGAGUGCGACUUAUGAUGACUUCACAAUCGAAUCAAUUCCAUUUGUUGACCCAGAUGACCAACGUGAAGACCAGGACGCAACUUCGACCGAGGCGCUAGACUCCGACAUUCCAGAGAAUUUAAACUAGCUGUGUGCCAACAGAGGGCCGAUGCUGGCACAGCUGAACAAGGCCGCAAGAAAUCUCCACGCCUGAUCGAUCUACUGCAAAAUGUUCACGAAAAAUCGGAAAAUUUGGAGAAAUUAAACGGAAUGCGCUACACACAGAGAGAACUGGACCUGUUUUUGUAUCAGUACGUUCAAGGAGGAGCUCAUUUUUAUCAAGAUCAACGAGCGAACGCAAUCUGCCCAAGCCAGGCGACUCUCAAAAGAUUGUUGAGCAAGAAAGCCGAACGUUUUGAAGAAGGUCAACUGCGAAUACACGA